CAUUGUUGAUCAACUCUUUAUGUUAGCCAGGAGGUCUUCCCCUCUGCCUGCUUCCUCAGAUAACCCUCUCCCUUUAAAUUAUUGUGCAAAAAUCCCAAACAUUCUCUGCAAAUCUUGCUUGUAAAAACUUUGAGGUCUCUUGGGCCUUUGCCAUAUAGCUUUGGCCAUGGCUUUUAAUGCUGCUUUCCUUCAUAUUUUGUUCCUCUUUUUCCUUCUUUUUCCUCUCUUGGCUGUCUCUCAAACUAAUGUGACCUUAGGUAUGCAUCUCAUAGCCGGCGAUGGAGGUUCAUGGACUUCACCUUCCGGUGACUUCGCCUUCGGGUUUAGCCCCCUUGGAGAUUUCUUCUUGCUCUGCAUCUGGUUCGAUCAAAUACAAGACAAAACUGUCGUUUGGUACGCGAAUGAUGGAAACCCAGUGCCAAAAAAAUCCAAAAUUGAGCUUACAACGGAUGGCCAACUCAUGCUUACCAACCCCAAUGGUGAGGUAUUAUGGAAGCCUACAAUCAAUUCCGGCGAUGUCGCUAAUGCUGCCAUGCUCAACAGUGGCAAUUUCGUGCUUGAAAGUAAGGAUUUUGUUCACAUUUGGGAGAGCUUCAGCCAACCUAGAGACACCAUAUUGCCUGGACAGAUACUGCAAGUGGGUGGCAAUCUUUCUUCUCGGCUAUCGAAUACUAAUUACUCACGGGGAAGGUUUCAGCUCCAACUGCUCCAAGAUGGAUCGCUUGUGCUCAAUCCUGUCUCCUUGCCGGCUUACUUUCCUUACUCUCCCUACGACACUAUUGGGGUCGCUAAUUCCCCUGACAACCGUUCGAGGUUGGUCUUCGAUGAUACAGGUCGUCUUUAUUUAGAGAGCAGCAAUGGAAGCGUUGUGAAUCUCUCACCAAUCUACAUAUACCCAAGUGCUGAUUUCUAUCAUAGGGCUACCCUUGAUGUUCAUGGCGCAUUUUAUCUGUACUAUCAUCCAAGGCCUUCUCGUGGCGGUAUUGAAGACUGGUCCAGUGUUAAAUCAUUUCCUGAUGAUGUCUGUGACAUUAUUGGGGACCUAGGCAGUGGCGCUUGUGGGUAUAACAGCUACUGCGGAGUUGCUAAUGGGAUGCCCAUCUGUGAAUGCCCACCUGAAUAUACCCAAAAUGAUCCAAACAACAUUCUCAGUGGCUGCAAACCAAAAUUCUCACUUGUAUGUCAAGGAGAUGAUGAAUCUGGUUCCCCUGAGGAUCAUUUUGAGUUCAAAGAGCUGACUGGCACGGAUUGGCCAUUUUCUGAUUACGAGAAGUUUGAUCCCAUUAGUGAAGAGGACUGCAAGAAUUCUUGCUUAAGGGACUGUUACUGUGCUGUUGUUAUUUAUAGAAACGUGACAUGCUGGAAGAAGAAGCUUCCACUCUCCAAUGGGAGGAUGAAAGCGAGCGACACUGGGAAGGCUCUGUUCAAAAUAAGGCGUGCAAGUUUGUCAAGGACAAAGAAGAAGGAUCAAACAAUAGCUAUCCUGGUUGGAUCAUUGGGUGGUUCAGUAUUUAUUAAUUUCGUAUUGCUAGCUGCAAUUUGUCUGACUGCUUUCUUUGUGUAUCAAAAAAGACCGAAAAGUAAUGAACAAGGUUCAAUCAUUUCGGAGACUAAUCUACGAUCCUUUACAUACAAAGAACUCGAAGAAGCAACAAAUGGGUUCAAGGAAGAAUUGGGAAAGGGAGCUUUUGGCAUUGUUUACAAAGGUCUGUACCCUUUAGGCUCUAAAAAUCUGGUUGCAGUGAAGAGGCUACACAAGGUGGUUCAAGAAGCUGAGAAGGAAUUCAAAACAGAGGUAAUUGUGAUCGGCCAGACACAUCACAAGAAUUUAGUUCGAUUAUUUGGAUUUUGUGAGGAAGGGUCACAUAGGCUUUUGGUAUACGAGUUCAUGAGCAAUGGCUCUUUGGCAAGCUUUCUCUUUGGACUCUCAAGGCCUCAUUGGGACCAAAGAACUCAGAUUGCAAUCGGGAUCGGAAGAGGGCUUGCAUAUUUACACGAAGAAUGCAGCACCCAGAUCAUCCAUUGUGAUAUAAAGCCUCAGAACAUACUUCUAGACGAUUUUUUCAGGCCAAGGAUUUCUGAUUUUGGAUUGGCAAAGCUGUUGAUGCCUGAUCAGGUCUUAACUCGUACAUGCGUUCGAGGGACUAGAGGGUAUGUGGCACCAGAGUGGUUCCGAAGUAUGCCGAUCACAGCAAAGGUGGAUGUUUAUAGCUUUGGUGUGAUGUUGUUGGAAAUUAUCACUUGUAGGAGGAGUGUUGAGACAUCAUGGAGUGGAGAAGAGAAAGCUAUAUUAACUGACUGGGCUUAUGAUUGCUACAGAGAAGGUGCACUUGAAGAGUUGGUGGAGAGGGAUGAGGAGACCAUGAGGGAUGAGAAGAGGUUACUGACUUUUGUGAUGGUGGCAAUUUGGUGUAUUCAAGAGGAUCCAUCGCUGAGGCCAACAAUGAAAAAUGUGUCACAGAUGCUUGAAGGAGCUGCCGAUGUUCCCUAUCCACCAUGCCCUUUUCCCUUCAGCUCAGUUUGUUGAUCAAUAUCUCUUGUGUAUUCGUGUGCUUUGGUGUUUUGUAUCCUAAUCUCUUAUUAAGUACCAUUAUAAUACUUAUGGAGAUCUAAAUUUAAGUCCUUUAUUGUUUCCGAAACGAAAAACUGUGUUUUAUAUCAGUAACUAGACAAUAUCAAAGGCAUUAUUAGAAGGUA